UAUUUUUUUAUUCAAACCUUGACACUAAAGCAUUCUCUUGAAAGUUAGGAAAAUCGAAAGAGUAAUAUCACCUUAUUAAAGGAUGCAUUCGUGUUGGAAUCAAAUGUUGUGAUAAUGAAUCUCUCUCUAUAUAUAUUCACAGACAGACACACACAAGGCAGGCAAAGAUUGUGCAUUCUCCUACAUUUUAGACUUCCAAAAUUCUUGACGUUUAUAUUUUGUUUUACUUUGUUCUGCUCUGAAAGCAAAAUUGUACCUUGACAAAAGAAUCCUGUAAUGGAGAACCAUGGAGCUUCAUCUUCUUGUUCUUUGGCUCGAGGUAAGAACCAUGAUAUUGCCCAGCAAUCUCAAUGGCUUCAGCUAACUCUAUCAGACUCGAACAGAAGAAUGAGGGCAACGAUGAGCCUUCUGGAAGAACAUGAGAAUUCUUCAGUAAGAGAUGAGAUUUAUUUCAAGCGGAGGCAGGAUCUCUUUCUAAUGCUGGAAGAGCUAAAUGAUUCUUACUGUUCUUUGGCAGAAAAAUAUGAUCAUUUAAGGUUUAAAUUCAAUAAUGUAACUGAUUCAGGAACCAUACCUUCUUCAUCCUCUAAUGCUGACACCAAGAGAAGACUUUUAGGGAGUUCGAAUGAUUCCCCAUUUGAUCUUUUUGAUUCCUGUGUCGAAUGCAAUUCCAUUCGCGGCAAUCCUCAUGUAGAUUGUGACAACACUAAUUUUGACUUUGAAUACCUGAACAAGCUAAUAGCAGAAUUGAUGUCAACUGAGCCACACAACAAGAAAAUGAAAAUGAAAAUUGAAAUUAGAGAAAAUCUUUGUUAUGAAAAAGCAAUAGAUCUGUGUGACAAGGAAGAUAUCCAUAUUACGAUGGAUGAUUAUCAGUUGGUUCAUGAACAGGUGAAUCCAUGGUCUGAACUCAAGCAUCAAGCUACAAAACUAAUGGAGGAAAAUCUACAGCAGCUCAUAGAGUUGGCAAGGAGAAAUAUUGAAAAGAGAGUGAUCAUUAAUAAGCUCCGGUUUCAGCUGGAACAGCUAAAGGGUGAGAACAGGGCCCUGCAAAGUUCUAUUAGUUGCUUAAAAGUUGGAGGGAAGAGUAACCAACUUCAGAUAUCAAAAUUUAGACGACUGUUUUCAGUUAAGCGGUUUCGACUGGGAUGUUCAUGAUUAGACACUUUCAGUUGUUGCCUUUUCAGGUUCGACA